GUCAAAACGUGGGGCACGCGCUACUAGUGGAAUAAUCCGUAGUUACCUGUGCUACAUACUAACCGUUAGUGCUACGUACAUACCGUGCAAUAUAACCAAUUGUACCUUUUCCAUCCUUCACUUCGACAUAAUCAAUUAAGCAAGUCAAGUCAACAAGACCUGCGUAAUAGCCAGUGACGUCUUCCUCCGAUACGGCUUUUGCACCCCAAUUGCACGGUCUCCCCCAGGUCCCAGGUGUACUAACCUUGCACCAUGCCGCCCCGUAAAACUGACAAUGCUCGACAGAGCAACUUAUCCAUGGCUCAGUUCGUCUACGAUGGCUCCGACGCCGAUGUCGAUACUUCUUCAACUUCCCUCCGCCCUAUUCUUUCUGUUCCUGCGCGAUCUAAGCCCGUGCAGCCCGCGCAGCCUCAACCCACACCCUCGAUAGAGAUGGAUACCCAACGACCUGCAGAGGCUGCAUCGCCUACAGAGAAAGAUAAGGAGAGAAAAGAUAGCACGUCCAAGGACAAUGUUACCAUUGAGGAUGUCACCCUUCCGAAGUCAAUAAUAAUGCGCCUCGCCAAAGGUGUCCUGCCUCCGAAUACUCAGAUCCAAGCAAAUGCUAUCUUGGCCAUGAGCAAGAGCGCUACUGUAUUCAUUAGCCACCUUGCUAACGCAGCAAACGAGCACACGCAAAGCUCUAACAAGAAGACUAUCAUGCCUGCCGAUGUAUUUGCUGCACUCGAAGACAUAGAAUUCCCCUCCUUCUGCGAAACACUAGAGGCUGAAUUCAAGAAGUUUAACGAGACCCAGACGACAAAACGUAACACCUACCGCAGGAAAGUAGCUGCUGCGAAGAAGGCCGAGAAGGCUGGUGUGGAUCCCAAUUCCUCUAUCAUGUCCACUGCCUCUACCGCAGCCGCAAGCCAGCCGGAUUCAGCAGGGCCACGCGCCUUGAAGAAACAGAAGCCUAACGCGCCUGAUGACUCAGCUAUGGACGUAGAUGUUGGCGAUGAACCGCGCGAACAUAGUGACGCUGAGACGGAACCGGAGCCAGAGCAAGAAGAGGAUGAAGAAGAGGAAGAGAACGAGGGCGGUGAAGAGGAGGAAGAGGAAGAUGAAGAAGACGAGGAGGAGGAGGAGAAAAACGAUCCCGACCGCCUAGAGGACCGCGAACCUCGUGAUGAUCACGACGACGCUCUAGAUGACGGAGAUAGUGACUGAAGUGACAGCGCAACUCAAGUCUGCCAGGAGUGCGUUUGAUCACACCGAGCCACACGCGUGCUGGGGGAUGUCUAAUCUAUGUACCAUUAAAUAAGGGAGACCGCUCAGGGGACUAGCCUUAGAGUGGAUAUCACCACGCAGAGAACUAGGGUAUACCGACUCCCUAUAUCGCAUGUAUCUUAGGGUUCGAGCGGAAAACACCAAGAAAGAUUUAUGCUCUCCGGGAUCAGCACACCGACCCCUUAACACGAGCGUCAGUCACAUCACGCACGCCCCUAUUCCCAGCUGCAGUAUAGGUAGUCCGAUAUUCAUUAGGUACCAAUCGGACGAGAUAAUUGAUACGGCGGUUUCUAAUUCUUUUCAUCUAAUACCGUUGUAACUGA